GGCAUCAUGGCGCACGCGUUUUUGCGUGGAACGCGGCAGGGUUUUAGUGAAACUUCUGCCAAUACGAUCGCUUGCUCAUUUUCAAACAGGAAGGCGCAACAAGGGGCCAGUCGUGUUUUUUGCAUUCAUUAUUGCUGGCCUUUGAACAUGUUGGAGUUCUUGUGAUUUUGAUCGUGUGAGUGCGAGAAACUUGAACAAUGCCCGCAAGAGGCCCAAAACUUGUCCAAACGCGCCGCUGGCAAUGACAGCCUUCGGGAUUGCAAUCUUAAUCUCAAUCGGUUUGGUUGCGUCGCACAGUGUGCAAGCAAUGGUGGGCCAAAAACUGUUUUCCUUCCCGCCACCCGGGCGGGCCCACUUGCACGAAGAAGUCCUGCAGUCGAUCGAGCAGAGCUCAAGGAAGUUGCGGGUCAUUGCCAUUGUUGGGGAGGGUCGUGCCGGGAAGAGCCAAUUAGGCAACGAACUUUUGCAAACAAAUGUUUUUGCCACAGCUGCCACACCAGAAGCUGUGACAGAGGGUGUGGACAUCGUCCUUGAUGGUGGAAGGCUGGUUUUGGACUGUGAGGGGUUCAACAACGCUUUGGCCUCGAGUCGACUUGAAGUGCUACUCAUAGGCACAGCCUUAGCUUCCACUUUGAUCUUUGUGAUGGACGGGAAACUGUCUGAAGAGGGCCUGAACAUGCUGGCAGGUGCCCUGACUGAAGCUCAGCUUUUGGAAAAACAAUUGCCUACCCGGCUGGUGCUUGUAGUGAACAAAUGCACACUGGAUUACAAGGCAAGUGCUCUGGAAGAUGCCUUGGCGAAGGAUCACGGCCGCAGGGACAGUCGUGAUGCGAUAAAGCGGGCGUUUCCUCGAAGACAUUUUGUGGCAAUCCCCUUCGAUCCGUCAGGGGGAGAUGCUUAUCAGCAGGGUUUGAAUGCGUUGAGAGCCGCUUUGGAUGCAGAAUCGUCUUCGGAACUUGUUUUUGACGGGGCCCGCCUGGCUGGAGCGAUCAGGGGUUUGAGCAUCAAGGUCGGUGCAGGUGACUUCGAUCUUCCCAGCAUACAUCAGCACAUCAUGGGAGAAUUCCUUCAAGGUGAGGUGGAUGCUGCAAUGGAUGGUUUCAUGCGCAGGAUUCCGAAGGUGAUCGAAUAUGAUCCAGAUUUCAAGGUUGACAUUGAUGCAGGCAUUAACCUUUUUGACGCAGCCAUCCAGCGGCUCAGCCUACAUACCUGCUCAGGUCAAGUGCAUCAAUUCCGUGAGCAACUCCAGGGGAAGCUGGAAGAUGUGGCCGAGGAGAGACGAACUGCCAAUGAAGCCCUGGGCAACCGCACAGAACCUUGGAGAGACGUGCUCCGCAGGGGCUGCGCCCUUCUAUCUGCGCGACAGGUGGGCGCGCGUUUGGUGGUGCAGCGGAAGCAAGACCUCAGCCCUUUUCUGUCCUCUCCAAGUGCGAUCCGCUUCGACACACCGGAGCCUUUGUCAGUCCGAUGGAUGUGGAGGCACUUCCACCCAGAGCUGAAUCCGUCGAGCCACGACUUUGCAGCUGUGCUGAACCAGCAUGGCCAGGUCCUUGCUGUGCGUGUGCCCGCGCCCGCAUUGCCUGACGGCGUCCCAGUGCCACGGGGCAAUGCGCGACACAAGGCGGCUCUCAGUGUGAGUUUGCGCUCCGAUGCCUGGGUCGUCGUGGUCUCACAGGAACGCGGGGAGACCAGCGUGGCCUGCGCAGGGCAACUUUGGGAUGUGGGGAGUGCAUUCCCAGAUGAUUCGGAUUACGCAGUGCAUGAACAGCAAAGAAGAGAUUUAUUGUUGAAAUUGGGCUUGCUUUGGGAGAGUCGCCAGAUCAGCAGCAAAGCCAAAGGUCGCGUUCAUAGUCUCAGAGAACCAUGGGUUUGGGAUGGCUGGGCAGAAGAUAGGCAGUCCAAGCUUCAAAAGACUUCGAGGCAUUGGAAAUCAAACAAAGGUGCCAAAGAGCACGCUGAAAGCGAACUCAAACAAGCUUUGCUGUCGCAGGGGAUCAUAUGGGAUACCUCUGUUCCUGCAAUUUCAAGACUGUGACUGUCCUUAAUAUGAGCAACUUUCGCACAGCUUGCAAAGAGCAA